AAUAGUCCUUGGUUUCCUUCCCUGUCUCUGCUUGUCGCCUAUAUAAUUAAAAGCCAUUGCUGUUGGGCUGGGGCUGGGCUAGCUGCUGCAGGAGGAAAUGGAGAGAUCUUCUGCUCCAUCACUUCCUCUCUUUGUCUUCUUACUUUGCUGCUUCCUGUUUUCCUCUUCUUCUGCCUCCAAAUUGUUACUAGCCGAAUCCGAAGAUGUAUAUCGUAGAAAUCUGCUCGCCAAUGGACUCGGCAUUACGCCUCCCAUGGGGUGGAACAGUUGGAAUCACUUUUUCUGCAACAUCGACGAGAAGGUUAUCAGAGAAACCGCUGAUGCUUUGGUGUCAACUGGUCUGGCCAAGCUUGGCUAUCAAUAUGUUAAUAUAGAUGACUGUUGGGCUGAGAUUGCUCGUGAUGACAAGGGAAAUCUUGUUGCCAAGAAGUCAACCUUUCCCUCAGGGAUUAAAGCUCUAGCAGACUAUGUUCACAGCAAGGGUCUUAAAUUAGGAAUAUACUCAGAUGCAGGGUAUUUUACAUGUAGCAGAACAAUGCCGGGUUCACUUGGUCAUGAAGAACAAGAUGCCAAAACCUUUGCUUCAUGGGGCAUUGACUACCUAAAGUAUGAUAACUGUAACAAUGACGGUUCAAGGCCAACUGUUCGAUACCCUGUAAUGACCCAAGCUCUGAUGAAGGCUGGUCGUCCAAUCUUCUUCUCUCUAUGUGAAUGGGGGGAUCUGCACCCUGCUCUCUGGGGUGCCAAGGUAGGAAAUAGCUGGAGAACCACUGGUGAUAUUACAGAUAACUGGGAAAGCAUGAUGUCUAGAGCUGACAUGAAUGAAGUCUAUGCUGAUCUUGCAAGGCCUGGUGGUUGGAAUGAUCCUGAUAUGCUUGAAGUAGGAAAUGGAGGGAUGACUAAAGAUGAAUACAUUGUCCACUUCAGCAUAUGGGCCAUUUCCAAGGCUCCUCUUCUUAUUGGAUGUGACGUGAGGAAUGCAAGCAAAGAAACUAUGGAGAUCAUCUCUAAUAAGGAGGUCAUUGCAGUUAACCAGGAUCCACUUGGUGUUCAGGCCAAAAAAGUUAGGAUGGAGGGUGAUCAGGAAGUUUGGGCUGGACCCCUUUCUGGCCAUAGGACUGUUGUCCUCCUAGUCAACCGAGGCCCAUGGAAGUAUCCUGUUACGGCUCACUGGGAUGACAUAGGUAUUCCACCAAACACAGUGGUAGAGGCAAGGGAUCUUUGGGAGCAUGAGACUUUGAAGACACGAUUUGUGGGCAAGUUGACUGUUACCAUGGAUUCCCAUGCAUGCAAGAUGUACGUAUUAACACCAAUUUCUUGAGUUACCAUUUUCUGAUGGACUGAUGGGCCAUUCGGCCCAUUCCCUUUAUUUAUGACAGAGGUCCAAUAAGAUGAUGUAAAAGGUGAUGGUAGAAGAGUGUGUCCUAGUUUAAGCGGUCACUGGACAUUUAUUUGAUAAUGCAGAAUUGCAGAGGGUUAUGGAAUUAUCUACUUUACUGUAGUUAUGUAUUAACUAAGUUAUUUUUCUCCGGUUGAUGGAUGCCAUUAAGGGCUGCAACUCUGAACUCUCUAAAGUAAGACUACCUAGAAGAAUUUUUUUUUC